GUGUCACUGUUGGCCAGUGCGGAGAAGGGAUGCCGCCGGCUGCGGCGCCCGCGCAGUGCAGCUCCGAUCCGUGCUGAGAGAAGCAGAAGCGAUCCUGCCAGGCUCCAGCCCGCGUUCCGACCGGCGGUAAAGAUUUCGCAUACUUGUUUUUCUCUGGUGUCGAUUCAGCUGCUUGGGAAGCCUAGUCGUCUGCAAAACACGCUUCAGGUCUGCGGAGAAUGGAGGUCCGAGCGGCAGCGCGGGGCCGAGGAGCCGCCGGGCGGGUCGCGCUGCUGGCCGUGCUGCUGCAGCUGUGCUGCCGGGCGGCGCCGGAGCGGAUCCGCUACGCGAUCCCCGAGGAGGUGGGCAGGGGCUCGCUGGUGGGGCCGCUGGCUCGGGACCUGGGGCUGAGCCCGGCCGAGCUGCCGGCGCGCCAGCUGCGGCUUGUCUCUGGUGAUGAAAAGCGAUACUUCAUUCUUGAGGAAGGGAAUGGAAACCUGCGUGUAAACGAGAGGAUAGAUCGAGAGGGCAUCUGCGGGGACAAGGCGCCUUGUGUCUUCAGUUUGGAAGCUGUCGUGGAAAACCCUUUCAAUAUAUAUCACGUGAGCAUUACUAUCCAGGAUAUCAAUGACAAUGCGCCGCGCUUUGACAAAGAAGUUGUUGCCAUAGAAAUGAUCGAGUCCACUCCUGCCGGGACGAGGUUCCCACUGGGCAGUGGCAGAGACCCCGACAUUGGUGUGAACUCGUUACAAAACUACCAGCUUACCCACAAUCCGCUCUUCUCCCUUGUAGUGAAGGAGAGUUCCGACGGGAGGAAACAUGCGGAAUUGCUAUUGGAGAAAAACUUAGACCGUGAAAAACAGAAAAGUCACAAUUUGAUUCUGACGGCAGUGGACGGUGGAGAUCCAGUCCGAUCUGGAACCGCCCAGAUUAAGAUUGAUGUGACGGAUGCAAAUGAUAAUGCACCGGUGUUCACCAAAGAGAUCUACAAGGUUCGAGUGCCAGAAAAUCUUCCAGAAGGCUCCUUAGCUUUUCAGGUGAAAGCCACUGACGGUGACGAGGGUACAAACGCAGAAAUCACUUAUUCUUUCAAUGACAUCACAAGCCAUGCUCGCCAGCUCUUCAGUCUGGACCCCAAGACAGGGGACGUGAGAAUUACCGGUCCCCUAGAUUACGAAGAUGUGAAAUAUUAUGAGGUAACUGUUGAAGGCAAGGAUGGAGGUGGGCUCAGCGCACACACCAAAGUGCACAUAGACGUUAUAGACACGAAUGACAAUGCUCCAGGCCUUACCCUCCUGCCUAUAUUGAACCCUGUACCCGAAGACUCAGUCCCGAGCACAGUCGUGGCUGUGAUCAACGUUCGUGACAGGGACUCCGGAGUAAACGGAGAAGUGACCUGUAAUCUCGACGGUGACUCCCCUUUCAAACUAGAAGCGUCAUCAGAGAGUACCUACAAACUCGUAAUUGAAAAUAUCCUGGACAGAGAGGAAGUGUCUGCUUACAACAUCACAAUCACUGCCACGGACCGGGGCAGCCCGGCGCUGUCGAGCCGCGCGGAUCUGGUGCUGGAGGUGUCGGACGUGAACGACAACGCGCCGGUGUUCGAGGAGGCCGCCUACAGCGCCUACGUGCCCGAGAACAACGCGGCGGGAGCGCCGGUGCUGCGCGUGAGCGCGCGGGACGCGGACGCGGGAGCCAACGGGCGCGUGAGCUACGCGCUGGCGGGCGGCGGCGCGGACGCGGCGUUCGUGUCGGUGCAGGCGGAGACGGGCGCGGUGUUCGCGCAGCGCUCGUUCGACUACGAGCGGUGCCGCGAGUUCGCCGUGGAGGUGCGGGCGCAGGACGGCGGGACGCCGGCGCGCAGCGCGACGGCGACGGUGCGCGUCUUCGUGCUGGACCGCAACGACAACGCGCCGCGGGUGCUGUGGCCGGCGGCGAGCGGCGGAGCGGGCGCGGGCGCGGUCGCGGGGCCGUUCGAGGUGGUGCCGCGCUCGGCAGAGGCCGGCUACCUGGUGGCCAAGGUGGUGGCGGUGGACGCGGACGCGGGGCGCAACGCGUGGCUGUCGUACGAGCUGGUGCAGGCGCCGGAGCCGGCGCUCUUCCGCGUGGAGGCGCGCAGCGGCGAGGUGCGCACGGCGCGGGCCGUGUCGGAGCGGGACGCGGCCAAGCAGCGCCUGGUGGCCGUGGUGAAGGACCACGGGCAGCCGGCGCUGUCGGCCACGUUCUCGGCGGCGGGCCCCGCCGUGCCGGCCGACUUCUGCGAGGGCACCUUGCCCUACUCCUACAACCUGUGCGUGGCGCCGGGCCGCGCCGUGGCCGAGGGCGCCUGGCUGCUGCCGCCCGCCUUGCUGCCCAGCGUGCCCGCCGAGGAGCCGCUCAGCGCGGAGUCCUCCGGGAAGCGGAGCCCGAUCGGCAGCGCCCGCCCGGGAGAGCCGCCCGAAGACCUCCGUGCACCGCAGGUCAGUAAGCCCGUGAAAUCCUUAUCUCUGAGUCUUUCUUAACUCGCACCUACGGUAGUGGGCCCUUGGUUUUCCUUUGUCUGCUUUGAGUGGAGCUGAUGGUUUUUGAUUGAAAGAGUAGAAACGUCCUGUAGUGUUCCUUCUUAACGUCAGGCAGCACCCAUGGGUAUCUCCUGCCCCAUCGGAAAUCACACGUGUAAGUGGAUAUAUUGUGGCCCUUAAACCUGUGCCGUGUAAAAAAGUAGGACUGUGAUGAAUGUGAAUCCCAUAACAUCUAAUGAGCCUUUCAGUUUGUGCACAUCGACUUUGUCAUUUGGAUUUUUGUUCAUUUUUGGAGCACAACACUCCCUCCGCCUCCCUCCCCAAUUUACAGUCGAGUUUAUAAUAAGAUUGUUUGUUGGGGAUAUGGAUUCCACUGGAACUAUGUGUGUGUGCCUGUGAAUGGGUUAAAAAUGAGGUUGUAGAAAUAUCUUACAGGUUGUCAGAAGCCCUAAUUUCAGAAAGAGGCCCAUGAGAAGGGGCUUUAACUUAUAGUUUCUUUAUUUCUGUGUGCUUCCUGCAGUGAUCCCACUUUGACUGCCAUCUCACUCUUUGUGUUAUCAAGUUCAGAUAUCUUCCCAAUAGCACAUGCUUGAUGUGUGGAGUGACAUUGUCCUGAAACAGAACAUUAAUGACCCCAUAUGUACAUUCUCCUUUCCAAUUUAAGCUCUUCACAACCCUUCUACACACUGACAUAUUGAGAGAAGGAAUGUCCAGGUUUCCAUUCAUGAAAUGGUCUUUGUGAACAUGGAGGGGAAACAGGCUGGGCAACUGGUGCUUUGAUACAGUUUUCUAUCAAGAAAUAUUGAAGACAAUCCUAAAAGCAGUGUUGGUAUUCUGUGGUGUGGUUCUUUGGUGUUCUGUGUGUGAAGGGCUUGCGGAGGAAAGAGGAAUCCUGGAACUUUGGUCUCUCAAGAAUGGUAUAGGCUUUGCUCCAAGGUACAUGCUGCGGCACCAGCUCCAAUGUGUUCAUCACUUGAAUCUCAUCUUGCAUAAUAUUUGGUGAGGUUGAAGAAUGAGAUCUGAAGAGUGAUAGCGAUGUCCCUCACUUUUGUAGAUUUCAGGUUUUUGCACUGUUUGUUGUCAAAGCACAAACUAGGCCUCAGUGUUGGAAACCUUAAAAUUUGGAACAUCUGUUAAUAACUGUGGAACUGGGGGAGCUCUUUCCAUACAUAGCUUCAAGGUAUACUACGGGGAGGAAAAAGGCUUUGAUUAACUAAUGUUUCCUGAAAAUGUCGCUGACUGACAUGCUCUUGCCAGUAGGUGAUAAAUUGCUUGAAGUAGGAUAUCGCGCCUCGAGUAACUAAAACUGUGCAUGCAGACCAAGGAUGGUGAGUGUCUCAUUUUCCAUGUGGAAAAUGGGUGUGCCAGCAAUGAUACUGUUUGGACAACUUUGGUUUUAUAGUUAGUGCCAAAGCCUGCAGUAUCUAUGCAUCAUUUUAUCCUUAUCACUUCACUGGCUUGAAUGGUAACCAUAAUAUUCUGACUAUAAUUUUUUUCUACAAUAGCUAUGUGGAGUGUUGAAGCAUCUUAUAAUUCUCAUGUGAAUCCUCAUAAAUAUACUUUUAUCUAGUUGUAUAAUUGUGAUUUUUCUUCAUAGCUCUAAUUCUGUUCUCAGGCCUUAGUUCCAAGGGCCACUGUGCUCCAUGUUUUCCAUUCCUGGAUAGGGCUUUUGCAUUUGAAAGUACCAGAGUUGUAUUGCAGUAAACCUUAGUGUUUGACAACAUCUUGACCACCUGAGGUUAGAAUUUAAUGUCUGAUUAAAGUGAAACAGAAGCUAAAACAGAAUCUCUCAUGAUUUAUCGGAAGAUGUAGAGUGAGAAAGUGUCCCAUAUUAAGGUCUUUAUGCUUACAGUUUCAUAUUUGUUGGAGAUGAGCAGAAAAAUUGUUUAAAAAAAUGAUGAUUGCUGCUGAAAUUUUCUUAACAUGACAUCUCUUAAUAUGUAGUCCAGAGAAAACUUUAGGGUCUUGCUUUCAGCUUAAGACCUCAGUGAGUUGCAGGUGCUCUGGGAAUGAAUUUUGGAACCCGCAGAGAAGACCACAAUGCCUUCAUGGUUAUUUCUCUGCCGCACGUCCCCCCUUAAUGUUUGCUUGAGCAGAUUGUCUGAUUGUAUCUUUUCCUGAUUUUUGCCAUACAGAUGUAUGUUGAGUUCUAAGUAGCAGCAUCACUUUCUUGAACAUCAUGCUGUGUUCACAUGUCUUGCUCAUAUGGGUCACUGUGUGUUUCCACAGAGUUCCAGCUGGUACAGAAUUCCAGAAGUGUGAGGGAUAUUUUGUGUUGUAUUCCAUUUUCAUUUUGGAGUAUCAAAUGCAAACAUUGUCUUAGUAGAAAAGAAGCGCGUGUGUGGAGCAGUGCAGGAGCUAAAAGGAGUGGGGAUCCCACUCCAAACACGUUUACAGUAAUCCAGCGUCUGCAGUGGAGGAUGUCUCCUUUAUCUUGUUCUCCUUAUAGCAUUAGUAUGCUCUCCUAAAUUGUGGGUAGUGUACCUCCGUUCUUGCCAUAUGAUGAUGGUGUGGAUUUGGUGGAAGGUAUUGGCAAAUGGUCAAUUCAGCUGUUCCUUUGUUGAGAUGUCCUUGCAAAUUAUGAGCAUGAAAGAAAAGAACUGAGGUUGUGAGAGGUGCCUUAAUUCCAAGGACAGUACCAUUUGUGCUGCGCUAUGAUUCUGGCUUCUCUGUGCUGAAAGGCAACGUGUCAUUAGACAAUAAAAUCACUGAACAAAACUGUGUAUGUGGAUUGACAAUACACGGGUGGAACAGUUUGUAAUUCCCGAGUGAAAUCUCAUUUCUUCAUUCAUAUGUCCCCGUAACCUUAUGGUAUAGAGUUUGUUCUUCAUUGAAAAUGACAUUCCCAGGUUCUUUUUGGUCAGCACGAUGGCUGUCAUGGAAGGCAGGAGGUGCGAGGUUACUCUGGGAGUAGCAGAAGUCACAUCUAUGUGGAGCGCAGUAUGUGCUUAAAGGGGAAAGGAGAUCAUCCCUAAGCAUACAUGCAGUCUUUGCUGAAGGAGCACUUUGCUUCCCCUUUGGCUUUGCAUAACUCCCCUGCUUUCAGAUCUUUAUGUUCUCCGCGGAAAGGUGUUGAGCAGUCAGAUAGAUGCCCCUUGAUUCUGUGUAAACAGCCAUGGUGUGAUCGUGAUGCAU